CAGAAAUAUGAAGAAAUAUGCAUUAUCUGGCAAACUGGACCUUGCAAAGUUUCUACCUUUGUAGCUACUGUAAGGAACACUUGCUUACACUGUGCUGCUCAUUCCCAUCGCCGAUUGAACGAAGUUAGCUACAGAAAUCAGGAAGAAUGUCACUCCAUUCACUUACAGUUAAAGUCGGCCACCGGCCCAAUGUUGUUUAACGCGUCAACCUGUGACGAUUUUUAGAUAUCCAUCCAUAGAAAAAGCAGCCGUUCUGUUACGCUAGGACAUUGAUGCGCGCUUCAACACGAGUUUCGGGGCGAGAUUUGUCAACGCCCCCAUGGAGUGCUGGUUGAAGCCCUCGGAGAUCUGUGUACUGUACUGUGCUAACCGAGUCAUGAGCCGACCACAUGCAAGGCAUGAGAGUCCACUAGAGAGAGGUCGAGCCUCUGAUUUGCAGCAAAUCUCGAGAAAAAGUUGGCGUGACAGAAGGACUAAGCGCACUUGGAGGCAAAUCCUCGUUGUACUCAACGAAUAAGCUCGACGAGUUGUACAACACCGACGAGCUUUGAGCCUCAGAGUUUAUGCCCAAGAGGCGAAUUGUGGACACUCAGUACAAAAUUUUCAUGAUAGACAUACCGAAAUGAUAGAAAAGGUGCCCUGAGUUCUUUGAAUCAAGUAUUAGCAGAGCAAACACCGUGACUUUGCAUUCUCUGUUUCUCUUCCGCAUUCUCUAUAUGUCAGAUAAUAUAAUUUUGAGUUUUGUUGUGGUGAGAUAUCUCAAUGUGGAGUGAAGACUACAUGUGGUGCGUACGAGUCUCCAACCUCUGCCGCUGAAUCGCACUCUCAGAGUGAUUGUUCGGUAAGUACGGCUCAAAAGAUAUGGGCGAGGGACUAAUAAGGUAUGUACGACCCGCGCUGUUGGUGAUGUCAUAUGUGCUCACAAGAUUUCACCUCACCGGUGCCGUGGACAUCAUUUUCUAUCCAAUGAGCUCGUGCACUGGGGCUGGGGUCUCAUGUAUCAACAUUGCCGUAGGCAUCUGUUGCAAUUACUCGCCACGUGCGUCGAUGCGGUUUAGAAACUCGGCUAGCUGCGAUGAAGGGGCCGUUUACAGAAAUGGGAUGUGUGCCAGCCAUGUCGGUUCUUUCAAUGGCAAUGUCUGUGUCAACGGUGGUAACUUCACUGGCGGAAGGUGGUUUGAUAAUUGUCCCAGUCAACGUCGCCGGCUCAGGGCUGCAGGUGGGAAGGAAGGCGAAUGCACGAAUUUUGUGACCCCAAACGCCGUCCUGUAUAGCGAGGAUCCUCGUGAGGGUACUUGGGUCAUUAGGACAGCAGAAGCAGUAGAUAUCUUGAAGCAGCUCGAAAGUAUGUCUGAUGCGGACAAGAUACCCUGGAUGAAAGCGCAGGGAGCUACUUAUGAACCUGAAAAACAGAAAGAAAGAUUUGUUGUUGCUCAUUGAGGACGAACCAAAGUAAAAAGUCCAUUGUUGACAGAUUGUGAACGAGAAGUCUGAUUGGAAACGCUCACGCUUGCCAAUGUUCCGACUACCACUUGCUAGACUUUAGAUCGAAUCAACCCUGUGAUGAACUAAUCAUUGUGAAGAAACUCACAGUUUCCUCGUUGAUGAUUUCUGCUUUCCUGGUUCUUGUAGGCUUGCUGUAACUGAGUAUUUCAUACUGUACAGGUUGGCCUGAUUCAGCUUACGGUAGAAUUUUAUUAGUACCCUUUGUUUCUGUAACUAAUACUUCGCUCAAAAAUCUCGACAUG